ACUACUUCCUUGAAGUCUGGUUUGGCCAACACCCAUCCCACCCUAUUCAUCAAGUAUAAAAUAUGAAGUGACUGCUUUAUUCCCAUUCAAGUCAGAGGAGCCCUGGAACCAUGAGCAACUGGGUGCUUAAUCAUGGCCUGUCUGCCCUGGUCAUUGUGGUGUGGCUGGGAAUCAACAUCUUUCUAUUUGUCUAUUACUUUCACUUUUACGAAUAUAAUACAGAAUUUUACUACACAAGACAAAUUACUGGAUCUGCCCUGGCCUGGGCUCGCGCUCCAGCUGCCUGUCUCAACUUCAAUUGUUUGUUGAUCCUGCUGCCUGUCUGUCGCAAUUUAUUGUCCUUCCUCAGAGGAUCCUGUGUGUGCUGUAGAUGCAGUGCCCGGAAACAGUUGGACAAGAACAUCACAUUCCAUAAACUUGUGGCGUACAUGAUCGCAUUGCACACGGUAAUUCACAUUGUGGCGCAUUUAUUCAACUUUGAACGGUUCAACGACAGUCAGCAGUCAACUGGACAGACGCUGGAUGCGGUCCUAUCCCGCGUUGGCAACAAUGACAGCAAAUGGUUGAAUCCUAUUCGGUCUAAUGAGACGACCCCCUCCUAUAUUACAUUCACCACCAUAGCUGGAUUAACUGGAGUUAUCAUCACGCUUGCCCUCAUCGUCAUGAUCACAUCCUCAACAGACACCAUUCGGAGGUCAUAUUUUGAGGUCUUCUGGUUCACACACCAUCUCUUUGUCAUAUUUUUUGCUGGACUUGUCAUCCAUGGAAUUGGCCGCAUUGUUCGUCAACAGACCGAGGAGAGCAUGGAGGUACAUGACUUCCUGUUCUGUCAAAAUCGUACUGCAGACUGGGGGAGCAUCGCUGAAUGUCCAAUCCCUACUUUCAGGGGAGGAGCUCCUAUGACUUGGAAGUGGGUGCUUGCCCCAAUGAUCUUGUACGUCUUUGAGAGACUACUACGACUGUAUCGAUCACAACAGAGUGUUGUUAUCACCAAGACUGUUGUUCAUCCGUCAAAAGUCCUUGAACUUCAGUUGCAGAUGAAGAAUUUUAAAAUGGAAGUGGGACAAUACAUCUUCAUCAACUGUCCAUCCAUCUCACAACUGGAGUGGCAUCCCUUCACUCUGACCUCUGCUCCAGAAGAUGAUUGUUUCAGUGUACAUAUUCGAUCAGCUGGUGACUGGACAGAUAGCAUGUUCGAAACAUUCGGAGGAGAUAAAUUUGAGAGACUAAAACAAAUUCAACCAAGGAUUUCAGUGGAUGGUCCUUUUGGUACGGCUAGUGAAGAUGCCUUCCAUUAUGAGGUCAGUGUUCUAAUUGGAGCCGGCAUUGGAGUGACGCCAUUCGCAUCUGUUCUCAAAUCUAUCUGGUACAAAUAUGAGAACUCUGACGCUGGACUGAAAACCAAGAAGAUUUACUUCUUCUGGAUCUGUCGAGAGACUCAGGCGUUUGAAUGGUUCUCUGACUUACUCCGAUCACUUGAGAGCAACAUGGAGCAAUUGGGCAAACCCGAUUUUCUCAACUACAAGCUUUUCCUGACCGGCUGGGAUUCUGCACAGGCUGUUCACUUCAAGGUGCACUUUGAUAAAGAGACUGAUGUAGUGACUGGACUCAAACAGAAAACACACUAUGGUAGACCCAACUGGGACAAAGAGUUUCAUUUGAUUGCACAAGCACACCCCAAGACAACAAUUGGAGUCUUCUUGUGUGGACCACAACCUUUGGCUAAAGCUUUAGAACAAUGCACAAACAAGUACUCUGAGAUCAACCCCUUGGGUGUUCACUUCCAUUUCAACAAGGAGAACUUCUAGUUUUCAGGGGAAAUACCUGGCAAAAAAAAAAAACACACAAGGAAGAAUUCUAAUUUUAUGGGAUCCAGCUUCCCUCUCUUCUCACAAACUUUAAAAUUCUGAUUUCAUAGAAGCACAAUGACUUGAAACACAUUUCUGUGAAGCUUACAAUUCAGACGGCUAUUUUCUCCCCAUUUUAAUCGAUGUCAAAGUAUAGACUGUCUAUGUUUGGUGUGCAUCGGCUCCUCAGAAUCAUUGCACCAUUCAAUAAAACAAUGGUUAAUUCUCUACCCAAGGCCUUAGAACAUCAACUUUUGUUUUGUUUUCUCCACAAAUGUUGUCUCAUCUGCUGGGAUUUCCAGCAUUUUUUACAUUGAAACUCAUUGCUCACUUGUAGUACGAAUCAAAAAGGUGAAUGGUAACAUUUAAGUAAUGUUUGAUAAUUGCACGAGUUAUGAACAUAAUCAACCUUUACUGUUGCAUACAUUUAAGCGUCAAACUACUCAAAUAUAUUGGCCCCAUGGGCUCAAGGUCUUGUCUGUAAAUUAUAUAGCAAUUUAAUGUUUUUAGGAAGGAUAUAGUUAUUUAAUAUUCCCCUAGCUCAACAGCCUAAGAUUUUUUAAUAUGAAAGGUUAAACUUUUAUAAGAACUCAUAAGACAAUAUGGCUAAAGCAUAAGUAAGUAAUACUAUAAAGAGUGUUGGGGGUGAACAUGAUUUCUACCAAUUAUGUUAUUGUUUGUUGGGACAAAAUGUUUAAGCUAUAUUAACCAUGAAUGAAAUGCAUAGAUAGCGACUUGGUCAUAUGGAUUCUGAACUGUCUUACUGAUAGCAGAGGGUGGUGGAGGAAAGACACCAUUCAGGCUGGAGGUCUGUAACCAAUGGAGUUCCGCAGGGAUCUGUGCUUGGGCCCAAAGAUCUUAGAGCGGAGCUUGGGCCGGUAAAUCAAAUAAUAGAGGGCAUAGUUUUAUGUGAGAGGGCAAAGUUUAAAGGCAUUUAAAAUAAUUGCUGGCUUUUAAAAGACUUUUGGAUAGGUGUUUGCAUAUGCAGGGAAUGGAAGGAUAUGGGUUGUGUGCAGUUAUACAAGAGAUGAUCUUGGCAUCAUGUUCGGCACAUACAUUGUGAUCCAAAGAGCCUGUUCUUGCGCUGUACUGUUUUAUGUUCUGUCAAUUACACACGUAUAAGAUUUAUUUUAUUCUGCUCCAAACCCACCUUUAUUGCAAUUUAGAAUCCCACUGCCAUACUCAAAAAAGAAACUAGCAUACAUGUUCUACCUCAUCCUUUGUGACCUUGGGUAGGUUAAGCGGUCCUUUAAGGGAGUAACAAUGUGAAGUGGUAAAGAGGUAUAGGAGGGAAUUCCAGAGGUCAUGACAUGAUAGUGAAAACAUGACUGGCAAUAGUGAGCGACAAGGUUAGGUGAUGGCUGCGGGGUAGAUUGUAAUUGGGAGCAACAGACAAUGGCUGAGAUUCAGAGAAAUGUUUAAGGAGAACAUGUUUAAAGAAGAUUCCCAACUGAAACGUCCCCUAUUAUGUCAUCCAGAGAUGCUGUCUGACCUUCUGAGAUACUCCAGCACUUUGUGUUCUAUGCAAGAUUCCAGUACCAUGUCUACAGAAUAUUGUUGAUCAAUAUAACCUUAAACCCACAAAGCAGAACAAAAUACACAAGUCUGACUUAAAUUUAUAAAAUUUGUCCACCUGUGUCAGUCAGAGAAUAGAAUAUUCAAAACAGUUGUCCGCUUGGUGGGCACUCUGCUGGUCAAACUGCUCCCAAAUCAUACAUCCAUCAACUCCAAAAAAAAUAUCCGGAAUGCUAAGAGCUGCUUUUCUAAUCCUGCCAGAAGUAGAUUCAGACUGCCAGUGGAGUGAUGCUCAAACAACAGUUCUAAUUAUUCAUUGACUUGGGGGUGGGGGGGGUGGGAUACAAUAUUUAGAAUUUUAGGACCAUACUGGUACCUCUCAGAACACAUGCAACAUGGUUAAAGUUCAAAUCAUUUUCCAUAUAUUUCUGGGCACUGUUAAUUAGGCUAUUGUGGAAUCCCUAAGGUGUACACAUUGAAUUAACUGUAAAGUAUAUAAUUUUUAUGUUUACACAACUUGCAAUAAAUAAAGAUACAAAACUGA